AUGGUGUUCUACGUGAUGGACACUAAAUUUUAUGCCAAGUUUGUGAAUACUGACCCGAGCAGUCUUGUGAGAGCAACAUCCCCUUGGAGAAGGGGAUGUGGUCCCUGUGGUGGAAGGGAUUCGGACGAGUUUGCCAUUACCAUCCUCAUCGGAAGUAUUUUGGCAAAUUAUUGGAUCCACCGGAUGCUCCAUACAAAUUGGGCCUACAAAAAGAUCCAUCGGGUCCACCACGAAUACACUGCUCCAAUUAGGCUUGCAGCACCAUAUGCCCAUUGGGCCGAGAUUUUGAUUCUGGGCCUUCCAUCAUUUCUUGGCCCAGCAUUGGUUCCGGUACAUAUUGUCACGUACUGGUUGUGGUUCAUUUCGCGGCAAUUGGAGGCCAUUGAGACUCAUAGCGGAUACUUGUUACCUUGGACUCCAACAAAAUACAUCCCAUUUUAUGGUGGUGCAGAGUACCAUGACUACCACCACUUUGUUGGGAAGCAUAGUAAAAGCAACUUUGCAUCAAUUUUCACUUAUUGCGAUUACAUCUAUGGAACCAAUAAGGGAUGUCGGUCUCACAAACAAGUCCUUGAGAAGGCAAAAAGUCUCUAA